AGCCAGAAGCUUCAAUGUUGGAUGCCGUGCUAUGACAACGUCACUGCUCCUCCGUCCUCGCUGGGUCGACCCGUCGGUGAUGUUCCUGUACGACAACAGCGGCGGUUCCGAUGAAGUGACCAAGAACAUGGAGGGUUUUGCUGGUGGCAACUUUGCUGCGAACCAGUGUAGGAAUCUGAUGGCGCACCCCGCGUCCCUGGCACCCAGCACGGCUUACUCGUCCAGCGACGUGCCCUCCUCUGGUAUGGGCGAGCCAGUGAAACAGUGCAGCCCUUGCUCUGCAGCCCAGAAUUCUUCCAGCGCGUCCCUGCCAUAUGGGUACUUCGGUAGCGGCUAUUACCCGUGCAGAAUGUCGCAUCACAGCAGCAUAAAGUCGUGCGGAGCGCAGCCCCCCUCCGCAUAUGGAGAGAAAUACAUGGACACGUCCGCCUCGGGCGACGACUUCACCUCUCGGGCAAAGGAGUUCGCUUUUUACCCGACCUACCCUUCAGGCCCAUACCAACCUGUCCCCAGUUACCUGGACGUUCCUGUGGUGCCAACUAUCAGCGCGCCGUCAGAAGCCAGGCACGAGUCCCUGCUGCCUAUGGAGAGCUACCAACCAUGGACACUCGCCGCCAACGGCUGGAACGGCCAGGUUUACUGCGCCAAGGAGCAGCCUCAGCCUGGACACAUGUGGAAGUCCUCCAUACCAGACGCGGUGUCCCACGCAGGAGGAGAGUCUGGCUCUUAUCGACGUGGAAGAAAGAAGCGCGUGCCAUACACCAAGGUGCAACUGAAGGAACUCGAGCGCGAGUACGCCGCCAAUAAAUUUAUCACGAAGGACAAAAGGAGGAGGAUAUCUGCCCAGACCAACCUGUCCGAGAGGCAGGUCACGAUAUGGUUUCAAAACAGACGCGUAAAGGAGAAGAAAGUUGUCAACAAAUUGAAAACCAUCAGCUAGUUUUUGAUUACGGACAAUAUCUGUGGAAGAUGAACAAGGCCCACACACACACACACACACACACACACACAUGACACACACACGGACUCAUGGAUUGGAACAACAAAACUCUUUUCUGACUGAAUGAUUUAUUUGUAUGUUGCCAAAUGGAGCUUCCGGAACAAAAUUUCUGAGGCCUUGGAUGUUGGACCUUCCAUUUCCUGCCACUUGUUGAUAAAUAUUGUUAAAGGAGUCAAGUGGGGGGGAAAGAGAAAAUAUGUAGCUGCAGUAUUUGUGACUUUUUAAACAUUUUUUGGCGUGCUCACUCUCAACACAGGGAAACUGACCCCAGUUCAGAAAGGUGUGCGCCACCGAGCUACGCCUUUAUCUGCAACUUUAACGAGAGUGAUAAAAAAAAAAAGCGAAGAUUCACAGGAAGUGACGGUGUGACGGAUUUGGACCUUGGGAAUGUUAAAUAUUAAUCUCUCCUGACUAUCUUUUUUUUUUUUUAAAGAAAAAAACCCUACUCACAUGCUUAGCUUGUAUGAAGUUUAGUCUUAUCAUAUGAACCCGUGCUCUCUCAUUCAUAUCCAAUCCAUGGUGCAAUUCUUGUUAUAAUGCUUAGAUAAUCGUUCGGGAUAUGUGUUCAUAUCAAUCAUAGCUUUUUAUAAUGUGUGCGUAUUCAUGUGGUUGUAUAUAAAGUAAAUUCCGGCAUGAUAUCCAGGUUAUUUGUGUGUGAGUCCCAGUAUGUCGGUGUUAAAGUCCGUCCCAAUAAAAUAUGGACUUGGUUGAAUUUUA